AUGUCGUUGGUGAGGUUCUUCGACACGCUGGCCCUGGACUCGUGGAACCCCUUCGGCAGCAUCUUCGGCACCACGGCGUCCAGCGGCACCGACGCCUGGCUGGCCAGCGACACGACGGCGUUCGCCGACACCUACAUCGAGAGCCGGGAGACGGCGGAGGCCUACGUGUUCAGCGCCAGGCUCCCCGCGGGCGUCACCAAGGAGGAGGUCAAGGUGGAGGUGGAGGAGGAGGGCAAGGUGCUGGUCAUCGCCGGCGAGCGGAACCUGCGGAGGGAGGCCAAGAGCGAGACGCGCCACCACGUCGAGCGCAGCGUCGCCACCUUCUUCGGCAGGUUCCACCUCCCCGACGACGCCGCCCUGGGCCAGGUCAGGGCCGCCAUGGACGACGGCGGCGCGCAGCUCAUCGUCACAGUGCCCAGGGCCAGCGUCGCCGUUGCUGCCGUGACCAUGCCCGAGCCGGCCGUGGCCAUCGAGGUCGGCGAGGCCAGCCCGUGCUGA